AUGAAAAAUUUAAAAAUAAUAAAUCAGUUGAAAUUUGUUGGAAUAUCUUGCUUGAAUGGUUGCAAGUUCAUUAGCAUAGAUCCUGAUACUAAUCGUAUUUUUGGAGCCAAUGAUUUUGCAGUUUUUCUGUUUCAAUUUCAUCCAGAAAAGCAACCGUCAUACGAAGUUCUCUCAACUGUUUCAUUAAAAGAAAGUGGCUUCCUCGAAGCUGAUGAGCACAUAGUAGCAAUACAAUACAUUGUCGACCAGUUUGCACUCUGCAUUGCACUAUCCAAUGGUCAAAUUGUUUAUUGGAAUUCUCCCAUCGACUCUAAUCAGUUGGAAUGUGUUGGAUGUUGUGAAGGUGAGCUGAAAUACAUGAAGUGGAGUCCUGAUUCUGAAUUGAUGGUCUUGGUUGCAGGCGUUGAUACAGUUAUUUUAAUGAACAGGGAUUUCCUGCCAAUCACCAAACAACAUUAUCAAAGUUCUGAUUUUGGAGAAGCAAACUUCGUGUCGGUGGGUUGGGGAAAGAAGGAAACUCAAUUUCAUGGCUCUGAAGGCAAGCAGGCUGCUGUCAAGAAGCAAGAGGAGUUAGCUUUGCUGGCAUGGGAUGAUAGAAGGCCAUGCGUAACAUGGCGAGGAGACGGAUUGUUCUUUGCAGUGUCAUUUGUUUCAGAUGCAACUGGCGUGAGAAGUUUCAAGGUCUGGUCGAGGGAAGGUGUUCUGCACUCAACUGGCACUCCCACCAGUGGACUUUACAGUUGCAUUGCUUUCAUGACUCAAGGCAACUUUCUGGCAGGGGCAGUGCUGCACAAGCAACAACACAAGAUCGUGUUCUUUGAGAAGAUCGGACUUCAGCAUGGAGAGUUUUGCAUACCUCACCUCAAUGAAUGCUGCAAGAUCCUGGAGGUAGCAUGGAACCUUGAUAGCACGGCACUCUCCGUAUUGAGCACUGUCGUUGAUACAAAAGACCAGGAACAUUCAAAGUAUCAAGUUCAAAUAUGGACGAUGUGCAACUACCACUGGUACCUCAAAUGUAAUUUGGAGUACGAUGAACGACAGAAAGUAAUCUCAGUGAUAUGGGACCAGGAGGUACCCCUGAGGUUCUAUGUUGUGUGUUCUUCGGGAUUGUGGCACACUUGCACGUAUGCCAGCGUUGUGCAGCAGAGUUCGGACGAUCAAACUGUGGUGGCCGUCCUUGAUGGGUCGAAAAUUCUUAUGACUCCAUUCACACACGUCGUCAUUCCACCUCCGAUGUCUGCAUACCAUUUGUUUCUUCCCUACUUUGCGCACGGAAUAGCGUGGAGCUGUGCAGGUUCUUAUAAGGACAUCAUAGUGCUGUCGUCCAAUGCUAUUCUGUACUGGUUCACUCAUUCACCUGAGAUGCCAACUAUGGAGAUCCCUGGUGUAGGUGUUGUGUUGGACGUUGGAUCUGGAGGCCUAGCUCGGGCCAACUGUCCCCUACCCCGACUUGUUGCGUGGGCCAGGUUUGCAUCGUACAGUAACUCAACCUCUCCGUCGAUCAGUCACAUGACGUGGAUCAACAAAAGCACGUUGAUAGCGUGCGUCUGUGCAGCUGAUGUGGACGGUGGCGAUGAGGACGCCCUCUGUUUUAUUGUCACACAUCACAUAAAUUGGGAAGAUAGAGAAAUAACUGUAAAAUUGAAGACCAAGAUUUCUGGUGGCCAAUCGGUGAUCUCCAUUGAUUACAAUGAAGUGGCUGAUAGGUUGUUCGUUCAGCUGAAUGAUGGGACAUGUCUUUCAUAUGAUCACACGUGUGGACUUCUAACAGAGUGGAACAACCACAGAAACGUACCAUUUUCCUUUCCGAGACCGUGUUCUCAGGCCUCAAUAGUUACCUAUCUAGAUAAGUGCUUCCUCAUUGGACUCACGGAGCAAUUCAGAUUCUUCAUCGACAGUUUCGAGGUGGCUAACAACUGCACGUCUUAUGCUGUCCAUAAUCAUUUUAUACUCUUCACAACGCAUGCACACACUCUGCAAUGCAUUCCUAUCUCAAAAUUAGAAGAUCUAGAUCCUUCUUCUCUCGUCAGCAUGGAAUCAUCGAGUGCAUCAAGCCGCAACGUCGAGAGAGGUUCCAAACUGGUCUGUGUUGUUGGGAAGGAGACGAAGGUCGUCCUGCAGAUGCCACGUGGCAAUCUGGAAGUCAUCCAUCCGAGGUGGCUGCUCAUUGACGAGUUGAAAAAGUUACUUGACUGCCAGCAGUACAGGGGGGCGUUUGAAAUCUGCAAGAAACAUCGCAUUAAUAUGAACAUUUUCAUUGACCACAACAAAUCCAUGUUCCUAGAGCACAUCGAAACAUUCGUGCAACAACUUUCAACCUCAUCCAACAUCAAUUUGUUUCUCAGCGAUCUGUCAAAUGAAAAUUUCACAAAAACCAUGUACGCUGGUUACUAUGCUACACCUGGACUUGAAGGAACAUCAUCUUCAUCAUCAGUUCCACCACGUUCAUCUUCAUCGUCGUCUUCAACCAAGGUGGAUGAAAUUUGUGAUAGCUUGUACAAGGUCAUGAUCAACAAGGACUGUGAUACGUUCUUUCUCUCAAUUUUGAUGACGAAUUUGAAACGCUGCCCACCAAAUGUGGAAGGGGCACUUUCCGAUAUCAAACAGUUGAAAGAGGGUCUUGAUGCGUUGAAAAAGGGAACAUCACCUUCUACAACAUCAGCAACGGCAACACCAACAACAGCAACAUCAACAACAGAUACAACAACAUCAAUAUCAACAACAGCUCCACAGACAAUACAUGUAACGCCCACUAUGAAAACAACAACCACAGAAGCGUUGAAAUUCAUUAUUCGUUUAGUUGAUGUCAACGAGUUGUUCAACAUUGCCUUAGGUACAUACGACCUUCAGCUUGUUGUCAUGGUUGCAGAGAUGUCGCACAAGGAUCCAAAGGAGUUCCUGCCAUAUUUGAACGAGUUAAAGGAGAUGCCGGAAAACCUUCGGAAGUACACAAUCAACAUGAAACUCAAGAGAUAUUCCCAGGCUCUCAAAUACAUCUCGGCUUGUGGUGAUGAUCAUUUCGUUUAUUGCAUGAAGUUAGUUAAGGAGCAAAGCCUCUACAGUGAGGCAUUCAAUCACUUCAAACAAGACACACCUCAGUACAAGGAGAUAGCAGGGGCAUAUGGAGAUGAUCUAAAGCAGAAGAGAUGUUACGAGACAUCAGGCUUCAUGUACUACAGAGCCCAUAUGUACCAGCAGGCCCUGGAGAUGUUUGAGAAGAUCCACAACUGGAGACUUGCUCUCGACUGCUUCUACAAGAUACAUCACAACAGCUGCAACAUCAGUAGCAACAUAGGUGACGAUGGUAACAGCAAGGAUGUUUCCGCUGGCGGAGAUGCUGGAAACUUUAAAUUGGAAUUAGUGAAGUUUGCAAGACAGAUGUCAGCUCGUCUGGUUGAGGCUCAUCGGCAUGGAGAAGCAGCCGUGCUUAUGGAAAAUUAUGCUGAUGAUUACGAAGAGACGGUGAAUAUUUAUGUGGCGGGCCACAUGUGGCAGGAUGCAUUGGCUCUGAUAAACAGACACAGUCGACCCGACCUGAUUAGCGCCAACUUGCUGCCUGCCGUCUUGAGUGCACUGCAGGAACAGAAAGAUUUAAUGAAGAAAUCGAAGGAGGACUUCUCAAAAUAUUUCGAGAGACUGCAAGUUGUGAGGAAGAUGAAGAAGGAGAAGAUGGCGAUGGAAGACUUCGUCGACGAUGAACGAAGAGUGUACCCAUCGGAUUUGUACUCGGACACGUCGAGCGUCGGUGAUGCCGAGAGUGUGACGUCAUCAACCAUUUCGUCAUCAACAGCUACCAGUAGGAGAUCUAAAAAUAGCGGUCGCAGUUUGAAGAGCAAGCAGAAGAAAAAUAGAAAGAGGUGGAGUUUGAGGGAGGGAGGACCAACUGAAGAAUUUGCCUUGAUGGAGUUUCUCCACAAUUCAAUCACCUCCGUGCAGAGGUGGAAAGAUGAGGUUGGUCAACUUGCACGGAUAUUGGUGUUGUUCGCGAUGGAUAAACCUGCGGAGGAGUUGCAGGCAGAGUUGAUUGAGUUGGUUGAAAUGAUGGAUGAUUCAAUCGAACGCAUCUGGUUAUCUGGCGGUGCUGAUCAGGAGAGUCCUCGGUCCAACAUGAUGUAUGGCGCGGAAAGUUCAUCGAAUUCGAUUUCCAGAUCAUUCAACACGGCCGACGCCAGCAGCAGAAAAGAUGCAAACUUGUCAGCCACCAUUCCAUUUUGGUUCGCCCUCCUUUCUUUGAUAAGGAUGCCAGGUGGAGACUAUUGUUUGUGUCCUGAUGUCAACUUUCAGUCUACUAUAUUCUGUUUUAAUUUGCAUAUGUUUUAAUUGAUUGCUUAUAUAAUAAUAGUUUUAUAAGUUGAUUUUGUUUAAAAAAUUAUUUUUCUAAGGCAUUGGUGUUGUUGUUAUUUAACACUGAUCUGAAUGAUGUUGUUUUUUGACGUGAAAUGAAUCUUUUGAGAAUUGUGACAUUAAUUACAAUUACUAACAAGGGAUUGACUGAUCGGAAAAAGAAAACUAAUUUCAGGCGAAAAUA